AUGGCAACCAACAGGGAGCGGCCCAUGGCGGGGCACAUGACGGGCUUCUACCCCUUCGCUUUCAAUUCAAUGCGAAACCACUCCCCUUUUGACCUGCUGGCCAAUAGUAGCCUCUUUGGAAGAUUUGGGGCAGACCUACCCAAGGAAAUGGCUGCACUCUCGGUGGAGACCCAGAGCACUAGCUCAGAGGAGAUGGUGCCCAGCUCUCCAUCACCACCACCCCCGCCUCGUAUCUACAAGCCCUGCUUCGUGUGUCAGGACAAAUCAUCCGGCUACCAUUACGGCGUCAGCUCCUGUGAGGGCUGCAAGGGGUUUUUCCGCCGUAGUAUCCAGAAGAACAUGGUGUACACCUGUCACAGGGAUAAGAACUGCCAGAUUAACAAAGUGACUCGGAACCGCUGCCAGUACUGUCGCCUGCAGAAGUGUUUUGAGGUCGGCAUGUCCAAGGAAGCGGUGAGAAAUGACAGGAAUAAGAAGAAGAAGGACGUGAAGGAGGAAGUGGUUCUGCCGGAGAGUUAUGAGCUGAGUGGAGAACUGGAGGAACUGGUCAACAAAGUCAGCAAGGCCCACAGAGAAACCUGUCCCUCACUCUGCCAGCUCGGCAAAUACACUACUAACUCCAGCGCUGAUCACAGGGUUCAGUUAGAUCUUGGUUUGUGGGACAAAUUUAGCGAACUCUCUACUAAAUGCAUCAUUAAGAUUGUAGAGUUUGCCAAGCGCCUGCCUGGUUUUACCUCCCUAACUAUCGCAGACCAGAUCACCCUGCUCAAAUCUGCCUGUUUAGACAUACUGAUGUUGCGGAUCUGUACCCGGUACACUCCAGAACAGGACACGAUGACGUUCUCAGACGGGCUGACUCUGAACAGAACUCAGAUGCAUAAUGCUGGCUUUGGUCCACUCACAGACCUGGUGUUUGCUUUCGCUGGGCAACUCUUACCUCUGGAGAUGGAUGACACGGAAACAGGCCUGCUCAGUGCCAUCUGUCUCAUCUGUGGAGAUCGUAUGGACUUGGAGGAGCCUGAGAGAGUGGACCGGCUGCAGGAGCCACUGCUGGAAGCUCUGAAGAUCUACGCUCGCCGCCGCCGCCCCAACAAACCACACAUGUUUCCCCGCAUGCUAAUGAAAGUCACUGACCUCAGAGGCAUCAGCACUAAAGGUGCAGAGCGAGCCAUUACACUGAAGAUGGAGAUCCCAGGCCCUAUGCCCCCCCUCAUUAGAGAAAUGCUGGAGAACCCAGAGGCCUUUGAGGAGACCCCUGAGAGUGGAGGAGGGGCCAUUGCUCCCCCCCUGCCUCCCCCUGCCAUACAGGCCAUCAAACGAGAGAGGGAUGAAGAGUCAGCCCUGGAGGAAGAGGAAGAUGAAGAGGAUGACUGUGGAGAAGAAGAGAGAGAGAGGGGAGGGGACAGUGAAGAUGAGGGAUGGGGUUUUGGACAAGUGGAAAUGGAUGGAGCAGCAAGAAAGAGUAUGACUGGCAGAGCACAGUGA